GUUCCCCCUCCUCCGAUGGCGCUCCCCUGCUCCUCCUCCUCUCCCAACACCGGUCUCGGAGCUCUAGAUUUAAAAGAAGCGAAUCGAUUUCAGAGGAAGAGCGUCGGCAUCCUCCUCCCCCAUUCCCCCAACGCCCGCUCUCCCCAUCCCCAUGGGAGGAUCGCCCAAGCCCUAGAUUUUUUCUUCCCAAUAUGGCUCCAUAUCUCCCGCUGCUUCUACUGCCGCUGCUGCUGUUUCUGCGGCUCUCCAAUCUCGUCCGCGGCACGACCGAUUCAUCUGACGUUUCAGCCUUAAAUGUUAUGUAUAGCAGCUUAAGUUCCCCCUCUAAGUUGACCGGUUGGAGUUCAGGUGGCGGUGACCCCUGUGGCAAUGAUUGGAAAGGCAUCAAAUGCUCUGGGUCAUCCGUGACAGAGAUCAAACUCUCAGGUCUUGGAUUGACUGGUACAAUGGGCUACCAACUAGCGAGCUUGACUUCAGUAACUUAUUUUGACUUGAGCAAGAACAAUCUCAAUGGUGAUAUACCUUACCAGCUUCCACCAAACGUCACACAUAUAAAUCUUGCUGGAAACGGACUUACUGGUGGGAUUCCAUAUUCAAUUUCUCAGAUGUCUGACCUAAAAUAUUUAAAUCUUGCCAAUAACCAGCUAAGUGGACAGUUGAUUGAUAUGUUCGGAAAGCUUCCUAGUCUCUCACUACUGGAUCUCUCGUUUAACCGCUUCUCAGGUAGCUUGCCACAAAGCUUUGGAUCUCUCACACAUCUCAAAACUUUGAAUUUAGAGAACAAUCAAUUUAGUGGUUCACUUGACGUUCUUUCCACUCUUUCUCUAGAAGACCUGAAUAUUCAGAACAACAAGUUCACAGGCUGGAUUCCAAACAAAUUGAAAAGUAUACAUAAUCUCAAGGUUGGUGGAAAUUCUUGGUCAUCUCGACCAGCACCUCCAGGUAUGGCUAAAGCUGCAGAUAAUAAUGACACAAGCUCAUCCGCGGUUGAGAAAGGGAAACAAAAUUCAGGCCUGAAAGGUGCAGUCAUCGCUGUGAUAGUGAUUUCUGUGUUAGUUGUGGCUCUCAUUUUAAUGGCUCUGGUUAAGCGAAGAUCUUCAGGUUCAUCCCAUCAUAUUGACGAACAACUCAGCCAGAACAGAUCAUUUACACCUCUAGUAGGCAAUGAUUUUACAGGGACCAAGGAUUCUUCUUCUUCAAUUGACAUAAAGACCUUGGAAAAAUCUCCCAUGGAACUUAAACCACCACCAGCUGAUAAUAAAAAAGUUAACAAUGAUAAUGAGUUUGCAAAUAAACAUACUUCCAGACAGAGCACAGAUUCCAUUAGUCUCACUACUUAUUCAUCAGCAGAUUUACAAGCUGCUACCGGAAGCUUUAGCUUUAGUCGCCUUCUUGGACAAGGUAACAUCGGAUGUGUAUACAAGGCAAAAUUUAAUGAUGGAAAGGCUUUGGCUGUUAAGAAGAUAGAGACAUUAAAUUUAUCUGGAAGCCAUUCUUCUGACUUUAUGGAAGUAGUCUCUGGCAUCUCCAAGCUGCAUCAUUCAAACGUUGCUGAACUUUUGGGUUAUUGCUCCGAGUCUGGUUACCAACUUUUGGUCUAUGAGCUCCAACAAAAUGGUUCUCUUCAUGGUUUUUUACAUUUAUCAGAUGAUUAUAGCAAACCAUUGACCUGGGACACUCGAGUGAGGAUUGCACUUGGGACAGCUCGUGCUGUAGAGUACCUUCAUGAGGUCUGCACGCCAUCUGUGAUUCACAAAAACAUUAAGUCUUCAAACAUCUUACUUGAUGCUGAGCUAAAUCCACACUUGGCUGACUGUGGUCUAGGGGUCUUUUUUGAGGAUACAAGUGAGAACUUGGGACCUGGAUACAAUCCUCCUGAAUGCACAAAACCUUCUGCCUAUGCAAUGAAGAGUGAUAUCUACAGCUUUGGAGUGGUCAUGCUUGAGUUAUUGACAGGACGUAAGCCCUUUGACAGUUCAAACCCAAGAAUUGAGCAGUCAUUAGUUCGCUGGGCAGCACCACAACUUCAUGACAUUGAUGCAUUGGCACAGAUGGUGGACCCUGCCCUUCGAGGCCUCUACCCACCCAAGUCAUUAUCUCGAUUUGCUGAUGUCAUUGCUCUGUGUAUUCAGUCAGAGCCUGAGUUCCGGCCUGCGAUGUCAGAAGUGGUGCAGUCGCUGGUUCGAUGUGUUCAACGCACUAGCAUCAACAAGAGGUUGGGCGGAGAUCUGAGCACCUCUCGGAGAAGCGAUGAUUCUGAUUACGGAUACUAUUGACGAAACACUUGAACUCGUUGAAUUCUUUAGUCAACCCAAAGUCAGCCUACCCAAGGUCAUCACUAUCAACCCCAUCCAAUUGGUCGGUUGCAUCGUCCGUUGAUGUAUCAUGUCCUUUGAGAAAUCUUGUCAAGUUUCUCACAUUUGAUGUUGUUGGUCUUUUUCUAUUCUGAAAGACUGAGAGAAGCAGCAAACCACCUCAAACGUCAGGGAGAGUGGCAAAGUCCCCAUCUAAAGUUUGAUCGGGCUUCUGCUAUGGAGUGGCUAGCCAGUCUAGACUCGGCAUUGCUUGCCGUGAUCAAAUAUAUUUUUUAUUUUUAUUUUUGUAUAAUGAGGAAUUUUUGUGUAUUAGUUAAAACAGCAAAGUGUAGCUCCCUGGUGAUUGGAGCUCAGAACAGGGGGGCCAGGCCCUCCGAUGAAAGUUGUUAAGCUAAGUACUAUUGUUAUCAAAGACAAAAACUAUUUGAACCCUCCCUUAAUGUGCAAUGAAUUGCACAGUCUCGUUCUUCAGAAAGAAAAAGAAGUGAAGGGAGAAAAAAGAAGAUGGAGGAGAAUAAAGAGUGUAAAAAGAAAAAAAGAAGAAGGUGGAAGGCAAUAAUAACAAAAGAAGAAGAAGAAGAAGGAAAGGGAGUUUCUUAUUCAUCUCAUUCUACUUCUUCCUCUAUUUCUUCUCUCUUUUCCUCUCUUCUUUCAAUCUGUAUUUACUGCAGAAUUUAUGUUGCAGGGUAUGCUCUGGCCUGGCUCUUCUCGAGGAAGAAUAAAAAGGAACAUACGCCUUCUCAAGGAUGGUUCGUUCCACCAUUACACCCAACUGCCCACAUUGUACUCGAAGCAAUUCCAGGGAAGGUUUGGAACGAGAGAUGAGGACGACGAACAGUCGACACAGCUGGGGAUCUGAUCGCCACUGUUCUUUGGACAGCCCGUGGUGUGUAUUUUUUGUGACUGGAAUUCUAAGUCUUGCUCUUUGAAAAAUGUUUCUGAUAAUAACAUCUGCCUAAUUUCA